UUAUGUUUCCUCAAGCUUGUAAACCAAUCCACAAUUUAAAUAAAUCGUUUUUUUUGUUUUUAAUAAGGUAUCUGUACUUACAUACUAGAAGCGAUUUAAAAACACUGUUAAAAAAACAAUAUGACUGUUGGGGAAACAGGCCAGAAUUUGCCAUGGGUUGAAAAAUAUCGCCCAAAAAGAUUGGAUGAUUUAGUAUCUCAUGAUGAUAUAAUAAAAACAAUAAAUCAAUUUAUGAAAGAGAAUCAGCUCCCACAUCUACUAUUCUACGGUCCUCCUGGAACCGGGAAGACAUCUACCAUUCUAGCCUGUGCCAAACAAAUGUACACUCCACAGCAAUUUAGUUCGAUGGUGUUGGAACUUAAUGCUUCUGACGAUAGAGGCAUUGGCAUUGUUAGAGGUCAGAUACUCAGUUUUGCCUCAACAAGGACUAUAUUUAAAGCAGGACCUAAAUUAAUUAUACUUGAUGAAGCUGAUGCUAUGACAAAUGACGCUCAGAAUGCACUAAGGAGAAUUAUAGAGAAGUACACCGAGAAUGUAAGGUUUUGCAUAAUAUGCAACUACCUGGGUAAAAUUAUUCCAGCAUUACAGUCGCGGUGUACGCGAUUUCGUUUUGCCCCUCUCAAGCAAGAUCAAAUUGUGCCGAGAUUACAAGAAAUUGUCACAACGGAAGGUGUAAAAAUGUCAGAGGGCGGAAUGAAGGCGCUUCUCACCUUGUCCGGGGGUGAUAUGAGAAAGGUUUUGAAUACGCUUCAAAGCACGUGGCUGGCGUAUCGUGACGUCACCGAAGAUAAUGUUUACACUUGCGUCGGCCACCCCCUCCGCGCCGAUAUCGACAGCAUACUCAAUUGGUUGCUAAACGAAAAUGAUUUUUCCGCCUGCUUUAAAUCCAUACAAGACUUGAAGAUUGCAAAAGGAUUAGCACUGAGCGAUAUAUUGGCUGAAGUCCAUACUAUCAUACAGAGAGUGAAACUGCCUCCAGAAGUAUUAGUGUCAUUGCUCAUAAAGAUGUCAGACGCUGAAGCGAGGUUGGCGAGCGGAAGCAGCGAGCGGGUUGAACUUGCCGCGCUCAUCGCGAGCUUCCAGAUCGCUAGGGAUCAAGUCAAACUAGACACAGAAGUUUCGUAGAAAAAACGUUAGUUUUAAAAUCAAACUAAAAAUGUAAGAUAUCUGCGACAUACCUUUUAUUGUGAUGAUAAUAAUAUUAUGUUAAUUAAAUUUAAG